CUCCUGUUUCGCCAGUGUCCUCUGAGCAGCACUCCCUCCUUGCACAGCAGCCAAAGCUCCUGCCAUUGUGUUCCAAUGCAAGCAGUUAAUCACCAUUAUGAGAGUCCAUGCUGCUGAAUACAACUUGUAUUUCCUCUUCGCAAUUAUCAUUUACAUACUAACUCAGUUUGAAAGUAAUAAAGCCUUGAUCAUCCAGAGGAAGCUGCAUAAAUGUUUCUCAAGCUGUCCAUCUGUCUGUACUCUGCUGGAUUUUACUAAAGAGAACAUAACUCAUCUUAAAACAAGUGACUUCAAUUGUUUUUUACAGUUAAGACUUCUAAAUCUUUCACAUAAUUUAAUUGGAGAAUUAGACUGUUCAGUGUUUAAGUUCAAUCCUUCGCUAGAGUACUUGGAUAUAUCUAACAACAGAUUGCAUACGAUAAAAUGUCACUCAUUACAAUAUAUUAAAAACAUUAAGCGCAUGGACCUUUCAUACAAUAACUUUAAAACCAUGGAUUUUUGCAGUGAAUUUACAGCACUGUCGCAACUGAAACAUCUUGGACUGAGUUCUAAGAAGAUCCAAAAAGAUAGUUUCAUAAAUAUUGCAUCUAUGGAUCUUGAUUUUGUGUUUUUGGGGAUUGAAAAUGAAAUUGAAUAUGAAAAUGGAAGCUUACAGUUUCUGAAUACAAACAAACUGCAUAUCAACUUGCAGCCAAACCUAAGUCUGGCAAGUUCUUACCUUUUGAGUGAUGCUUUGGACACUUCUAUGACUCUCGAGGUCUCUGGGGCACAAUGUGAUGUACACUGUGAUUAUUUUACGAAAUCUUUUUUCACGAUUAAUAAAAACUCCAAAGUAGUCAAUCUAAUUAUCAGCAAUAGCACAAUGCCGGGAAAUGAAAUGCUUAAAAUAAUUCCACCUAUUUGGGAUUCGUCAGUAGAGCAUCUACACAUCAAAAUGUUCAGACUCAUAAAGGAGUUUAAGUAUGUUAAAAUGGACUUUACACAUCAUUCAAUAAAAUCUUUUACAUUAGAGUAUUUUACUAACGAUGUGUUUUUUUUCCAAGGAACUCAUCCCUUUAACAUAUUUGCAGAAAUGCUUGUUGAAAAUGUUACAUUCUCAAACGCAGGAAUGAUACACUUUUUUUGUCCUCCGGUGCCCAGCAUUGUCAGGUUUCUAAACCUUCCAAGCAACAGAAUUACUGAUGAGAUUUUUCUAAACUGUUCCAGUCUCAACGAACUGGAAUUACUUAAUUUGCAAAAUAACAAAUUAGAGCAAAUGUCAAAAAUAAGUUCUAUGACUCUCAAAAUGAAAAAUCUCAAGCAUUUGGACCUCAGCAAAAAUGGACUUCAUAUUGACAAUGAGAAACAAUGCAACUGGAUGGAUUCCCUUGUAUUCCUAAAUUUAUCCGAGAGUGGGCUUACAAAUUCGGUCUUUGGUUGCCUUCCCAUCAACCUCCAGAUACUAGAUCUCUCUAAAAAUCAAAUCUCCAGCAUCCCCAUAGAAGUAAAGAAUUUUGUGUCCCUAAAAGAACUACAUUUAGCAUCAAACCGUCUAACAGAUAUCCCUGACUGCCACAAUAUUGGCAAUAACUUGGGGGUCCUAAAAGUUGAUGAAAAUUUUAUAAACUUACCACCAAAAGAAUUCCUCCAGAACUGUGAAUAUGUUCAAUAUCUAAGUGCUGGACAAAAUCCGUUUCAGUGCAACUGUGACCUGAGAGAGUUUGUUAAGAUGGGAGUCAUGUUUCCAAAAAGGCUUGUUGGAUGGCCAGAGUCCUAUAAAUGUGCAGAUCCUGAAAACGUCAAAGGAAUUUUCCUUCAAGAUUUUCAUCUAUCUGAAAUUUCUUGCAAUACAUCAUUAUUUCUAGGAGUUGUACUGGGCACAAUUUUUGUAGUGUCAAUCAUUGUGGUUUCUGCAUGUUUUUAUUUUGACGUGCCAUGGUAUAUUCGUAUGUUGUUCCGAUGGUUUAGAACAAAGCACAGGUUAAGGAAUGUUAACCAGCAAGACAUUCAGAAUGACAAACUAUUCCAUGCAUUUAUUUCUUACAGUCAGGAAGACUCAGACUGGGUAAAGAAUAUGUUGCUACCAAAUCUUGAAAGAAAAGACGGAUCAAUAAAAAUCUGCCACCAUGAAAGGCAUUUUAUUCCUGGCAAAGCAAUUAUUGAAAACAUAAUUGACUGCAUUGAAAAAAGUUUCAAGUCCAUUUUUGUUUUGUCUCCUAAUUUUAUUCAGAGUGAUUGGUGUCACUAUGAGCUGUAUUUUGCACAGCACACUUUAUUUGGGAAAAAUUCCAAUAAUUUGAUUCUGAUACUACUGGACCCCAUCCCACAGUAUUCAAUUCCCAAUAAGUAUAACAAAUUAAGAUCGAUAAUGAAGCAUAGGACAUACCUUGAAUGGCCAAAGGAAAAAGGCAAACAUGCCCUCUUUUGGGCUAACCUCAGGGAAGCAAUUCAUGUAAACCUUUCUAUUAAAGAGGAAGACAUGGCAGACCCUGAAAUAACAAUAACAUGAUUUAUAAAAGGUUACUCUA